AUGGCAUCCACGUGGCGAGCGCGGACGACGGCGUAUGUCCUCGACGCCUUCGCAGUGGCGCUGCUUGCCGGCGCCAUCUGGCGCACCCCGAGUGUCGUGGCGACCAUGUACCUUCUCGGCGGCGUCGCGGGCUGUCUCACAACGUUUGCGCACCCAGCGCUACCGCCAACGGUCGCCGCGAUCGCCGCCGCAUCGCUGGUCGGCUACUGCAUGGCCGCGGCGUGGCCUCUCGCGCGGGCCAAUGUCUGGUUCGCCUUUGCCGGCGUCAACGUCAGCACCGGCAACAUCCUCGUCGACGUGGCCGUCGCCGUUCUCGGCCUCGCGCAGACCGUUCGCCAGCGACAGGCCUCUCCGCGGCCAUUGCAGCGUCAGGUGUCGGGUGUCGCGAUGCUCGCGUCGCUCUUGGAGCGAGUACCCACGCUGCGCAACGCGGUGCAUCGCCUCGACGCACACAUCAACCUCCAAGCGCUUGUCGUGCUGCUCAACCAAGCGAUCAUUGGCGGCUGCCUCUUCAUUGCGGCGUUGGCAACUCCCGGCGUCCUCGGUGGCGUCUACUACCUCUUCGGGCUUGGGCGUGUCGUGCAAUGGACCUUUGUAACCACCGUGAUCACACCUCCGCCGCCCCUUGCGGUCGUCGCCGCGCCGCCGUCGCCGCCCCGUAUCAUCACCACCUUGCACAAAGCUCUCGAGUUGCAUGUGAGCUACGUGGGCAUCGCCACCACGAGCCCUCGACGACGGGCCAUCGGUGUCUACGUCCAGCGCGGCGACGAGGCGGUCCUUGUGGGUGCAACGGAGACGCAGGUGGUCGAGGAUGUCAACGCAACCUUCCACGCCCCUGUCCAUGUGCCCCUCCAAGAUGACGAGGUGUUGACGCUCAAGGUCGUCGUCUUGGAGACGUCCUCGGAAGAAGCCUCGAUCGAUGGCAUGCGGCGCGUCGGUCAGUGCACCUUUCGAUCCUCGACGCUGCUCGCAAAGCACGACAAGACCGACGCUCGAUUCCAGCUGCUCGCAAGCGGCGCUGCGUGCGGCCAUCUCGGUGUUCGCUUCCAGACGACCACGCGAAUCGAGUCGACGGUGGAGCCGACGAUGCCGCCAGUUGUCGCGCGCCAACCAUCCUUUCAUGCGACGCCGUUGGCCGAAGACUUUUUCACGGACGCCAACAUCCCCGUCUUGCUCGUUCUCAACGUGGCGUGCCUCCUCUGCGCGCAUGUCUAUCAGUAUCCGCUUAUGGCGACACUGCCCGACAUGAGCCGUGUCGGCGAGAUCCUCGGUUUCAACAGCCAGGCGAGCACGCUCUAUGUGUCGAUCGCGGCUCAAGUCGGCUUGUUUCUCAGCGCGGCCAAGCUCCGGGGCUUUUAUGUCCACGCCAGCGCACCGACGGCAAAUGCGCUCGCGUCAAGCUUGCCAGAUUUCAUCGCCAAGCUCUUUUGCUACGACCUCGUCGCGGUCGCUGUCGCGGUCUUUUGGUGCAUUUCGUACCCGUCCUACGUGAGCGCCGGCCUCUUUGGCAUCACGUUUCUCUAUCUUGGCUUGUACGGCGUCCAAUGGAGCGCCACCCCGCUCCUUGUGCUGAUGACGAGCUACAGCCUUGUGUACGCCGCGUCAGCGUAUCUGCUGCUGCUUCCGUCGGUGGCAGCAGCGCUACCGACGUACUACGCGACACUCGGCUAUAACGACAUGGAUGUGGGCCUCCAAACGAUCUGUGCGCUCGUGCUCUGCGGCUGCCACCGGACGCGGCGGGUCUGGUAUCAAGCUCCAUGUUCGACGUCCGUGGACGACAACGCUGCCGACGCCACGUCGCAUUUUGCUCGCUGGCUCCAAGACAUGCGGCUCAUGGCGCUCUGCCACGUCGACAAGAUGGUGCUGUUUACCAUUUUGGUACUUCUCGUUGUGCUGAGCACGGCCGCGACCUUGUUUCAAGCGGGCUUUCUCAUCCUCGCGACGUACCUCUCGCUCUACAAAGCCCACCGGCAGCGACUCUGGCGCGGCCUCCUCCUCUACUCACUGCUAGUUUGCUUUGCAGUCUAUACGUGGAACAUUACGUGUCCGACUCCUGAGACGGAUGCAACGCUCUACACCAUCGCCGGCCUCACCUGCUAUCGCGACGCCAAGGUCACGAUCCAUCCGUCCACACCGAGCCUAGUUGUACCAACCGACGCACCAACCCUGGGACCGAUUGUAUUGACGCCCGCACCUCCCCCGUUCACCCUCUCGGCACCAGCAACGACGAUAACGCCAUCUCCCACGGUGACGCCGACACCCACCCCGUUGAUCGUCCUCUACAACGGCAGUGGCAGUGGGAAUGCAUUGGGCAUGAUCAUCGAAGUCGGUGUCUUUAAUACGACGGCGCCACGGCUUGGUAGCCUCUGGACGUCAUCGCUUUUCAACGCGCAGCUGCUGCUCAUCGCCCAAGUCGUCGCUCAGCUCGUGCUCUACAACAAGCACAUUCACUUGCGUGCGAUUACGGCCAGCAAACGCCCGUGGUUUUACGUGUCGCGUUUCGCGCUAGAGAUCGACCGCGCGUACCGCCUCUUUGGCGUCGCCGUCAACUACGUCGUGCUACUCGCCCUCGCCCUCGUGUACGAGCGGACGAGUGACGGACGGUAUGCUACGGUUGUCGGCUGCGUGCAGCUCCUUCUUUUGGCUGCGCUUCUCGACUCGCACUUGAGCAACUUGAGCAACUUUCCGCGGGGCACGCCGCACUACCGCCGGCUCUGGCGGCUCGUGCUGAUUGUCGAGCUUCUCAUCCUCGUGUUGCGCUACGUCUACCAGUUUGAGCCCGUCGCCGAUGUGAUUCUCCGCAGCUGGAGCUUUCCGUAUUGCAACAUGGAAGACAUUGGGUUUCGCAGGCUCGCGUCCAACACGGAGCUCUCGGGCCUCUUUUUGUACCUGUUGCCAACGUGUGGGAUGGCGGGCCUUGCGGCGUGGCAGCUUGCGGCCAUGGACAAGAACAUCCACGUGCACCGUGUCUUUCGGACUGCGACUUGCGCGGCGUACUGGCAGUACGCGCUGAGUCUCAUCCACGCCGUCUCGCACAGCAGCCUUCUGCUCCACGGUCGGCUUUGCGUUUUCUUGAUUGCCAUUUGCGCGACGCCCCACCGCCGCUUCGACUCGGCGUGGCCGUACCUCUUUUCUCUCGCACUGCUCGCGCUGCUCGUCUUGUACAGCGUGCAGCUCCGCCUCGACGUCUUUGCCAACGCAGACGUGGCCGCCACGCGGCGCUGGCUGGGGUUCGCCCGCCUCGACGACGACGCAGCGGUCGCCACGACGCUCUGGCGGCUCGGUCGGGCGCCGGUGCUGAUGAUUGUGCUCUGCAGCUUGCAGCGCGUCGCGGCAUGGCUCGUACCAGCGUCGUUUACGCCACCACCGGCAGUCUCUAGCUGGGGCAUGCUGCUAUCUCGGCUCUGGACACGUCCGCUGGCCAUUAGCGUCCUCCUCUUCUCGCUUGUCGUGUCGGCCUUUGUGCAUCUCAACGUGCUCUCGCUUGGGUACCUGCUGCUCGUCCAUGUGGUGCGGCGCGCCGACUGGACGCGCGACAGCUUGUACCUGCAGCUGCUACGCCGCCUCACACCGCUCCUCAUGGCGAUAUCGAUCGCGCAGUAUGCGCUUCUGCUGUGGGUGCCGUCGUGGCUCCUUGCUUCGCAAAGUGCCUACUUGCCGUGGUCGGCCUUGUCGCCCGCACUGCAGCAGUGGCUCUUCCUGCGCUUCCAGCACAAGUGGUCGCUCAUCACCGACUUUACAUGCCUCGUGUGCUUGGCGCUGCUGCCGCGGCCGUCGGCGCUCACGGUCGUUGAGACGUACCCCGAGACGAUCCAACGACCACAUGCGCUCUGGACAACGCUAUCGGCGCUCGUGCUGCACUACUCCGUCCCCACCGUACUCGUCUAUGUCUUCGUCACGGGCUGCGCGCAAUUCGGCGUCGCCUCCGGCGUGUACCUCGCCUACUCCAUCUACCUCCUCUUCCAUUUAGAUCGAAACGACUUGCAGCCCAAGCUCCUGCGCUCGCUCAUGGGCUUCAAUUGGCUCUACCUCUUUGCGCUCCUCGUCUACCAAAUGCCGUGGCUCCACGACACGACGGAGGCUUGCGAUCUGGGCACGCGGUCGUCGAGCCAUGGCGUCUGUCUCUCGGUGCCCGUCUCGCUCGGGCUCUACAAGGCAGGAACCGCAGCAGGCACAUCGGAAUCGGCGUCCCCACCGACGCUGUCGAUUGUCAUGUUUUUCAUGCUGCUCUUGCAGGCACAGAUCCUCGACUCGCCGGCGUACGCCGAUGUGCUCCAACAUCAUCGGAGUCAGCUUGAGCGGUGCCAGAAGCGCGGGUUCCUCCUCAAUGACGCGAUCGCAAAAGACCGCAUUCUACAGUGGCGCCACCUCAAGCAGGAAAAGCAGGCGGCGAUCCAGCGCCUCAAAGUCAUCGUCUCCAAGCUUGUCAACAAGGUCGAAGAGAUGAUGGACAUUGCCAUGGGGCUGCACUAUUCGCUUCCACCCGUCGCACCCGCGCGCCCGCGCGUUGUGGCCACGUCGCAGAACUCGGUGACCUUGCAUUGGGCGCCGCCCGAAUCCAAGAUCCACAAGAUUCGGAGCUACCGCAUCACGCGCCAAGUGUUUCCGUCGCUGACGCUGCUCGGCGACUUUGGCGACGUCGUCACCGUCAAAGCGCACUCGACGACGUGUGAGAUCAAGAACCUCCGGCCCGACACCACGUACCAGUUCAAAGUUGCCGCCGUUUCGCGCAUGGGCGAAGGGCCCUUUAGCGCCCCGAGCGCCCCCGCCAGCACGAUCGCGCUCAACUGGGGCGACACGUGCACCGGCGGCUGGCUGCGCACGCGCAAGACGGUGCCGCGGCACGGCGCGUUUCUGCGUCUUAGCACGUACUUUCCAUCGCUCCAGACCGCGCGCUACAUGCUCCGCUACGUUGUCGUCGACGGCGACCGGCUCACCUUGUAUCGAAGCGAAGUCGUCGCCAUGAAGCACCGAGACGAGGUUGCUGCGCAGCCGACGCUCCGCCGAAAACGCGCGCUGCAAACCAAGAAGGAGUUCCCGAGCUUCUGUUUCGGCCACGUUGCGAGUCUCGAUCUCACCGAGCACCAGCACCAGCUCGACGAAAUGUCGCCCAAAAUGUACUGCAUCGAGGUCCGCGUAGUUGUCCCUGCGCCCAAGGGCCCGCCAAAGACGCGGACGUACAGCUUCCAGCCCGAGUCGACGGCCACUUUCGAUACGUGGGUCGCAGCGCUUGCGUACGGAGCGCCGCCUCUGGCGCUGGGGCCGCACCUCCUCGCGUAUCUCGGUAGCAAGCACCUAAAGAUUCCAGCUUACUUUUUGGCGCCGCCCGCGACAACCAGCAUACGCCGGCACUCGACGCAGUCCGACUUGCGAAGUCUCGAGAGUCCGUCGUCGCGGAGCCAGUCGUUUCCGCUGUCGCCCUCGGCACGACACGACUCGCUCUUGUCGGUCGUCGACGCUCCGCCGCCAGCGCGAGCUCCGCACGUGCUGUGGUUGUUGCAGUUUUACGCCUUUCUCUAUACGCGACAAGAUGUGGCGCUGCAGCACGAGACAAGAGCGCUGGACUUGGACCAGAUCGAGACGCUCGAGGUGCCAAGCAUGAGCGAGCUGCGCACCGUCCUCGUGAACGUUCUGCGCAGCCACUCGGGCCCGUUCUGCUACCUCUCGUUCAUCGCCGCGUUUGCCUUUCAGGCGGACGCGCUCAACGCGAUCUACGUUGUCGCGCUCUUCUUUGUCGUGCUCUGCGAGAACCCGCGACCGAGUGCGUACCUCUGGAAGUGGAUUCUCAAAUACUCGUUUGGAGCUCUCUUUGUCCGAUAUGUCUUCCAGCUGCCCUUCUUUUGCCACAACUACACGCAGAGCCAGAGCUUGUACCCGAGCAUGCAGCCGUUCUGCCCCGAGACACAGCUCUCGCUCACGGCCGUGCCCUUCCAGCCCAUCGUGCUCGUCGGACUCUACAAGUACGACGGCAGCGCAAAUGUCGACGUCACCACCAAGUUCCAAGGGCUCCAGUGGACUUUCCUUGUGAUUUGCACCGUGCUCUUUCACCGGCGCGAGCUUCAGAUUCGCGGAUUCUGGGUUCACACGUCGGUCGAUGCGAGUACGAAGAACGACGAGGACGAUCUUGCGGCAUUGAAAGCGCUGCCGCGUUGGCAGUACGUCAUGCAACGGUACUUGAUCAAGCGACCGCCGAGGCCGUCCGAGAAGAAGAACGUCGAUGGGCCGCUGGUCUCCAACUUGGACUUGACGCGGCUCCAUCUGGACGCGCUCCAAGCCAUCGAAGAGACAGAAGCCCAAAACAACCAGAACGAUACUGAUACCGAAGCGAGUCAGAGCACGCUGAGCCGCCGUCGCACGCGCCGCCACGACUCGACCGACUCGCUCAACGGCAAUCAGUUUGAAUUGGCCGACUUUUUGGCCACGUCCAACACAGCCGACGUGCCGAUGGCGCCGAGCAUCGACGAACACGCGACCGUUGCCCACCACACGCGGGAGGACGCGCUUCUCGAUCUCAACAAUCACGUCGAGCGGCUCUUGGACGAAGGCAUCGACGACCAAGUGCCGUUGCAGUUGCACCCGCUCUCCCCGUCGUUUGAUCUGGACGACGACGACGCCAGCGACGAGGCGAGUGACAACGACGAGAGCGCUCAUUCCGCGCCCACGCGGUUCCGAGCGCUCGUUGGCCGCGAGGCGCCGACGUGGGUCGUCGAGUACUACAAGCACCUGCUGCCGUCGCCGCCGGUCGACUGGGACAAGGACAUCAAGAAGGCGGCGCUGGGCACGAAGCCCGGUCGCGACUACUCGCUUGCCUCGUUUGGUGCAUGCGUUCUAUGUAUGGCAUUCGCAGUGCUCUUCUUCCGCAACCUCGGCGACCCGCCGGUGCCAGGUGCCGAGCCAUCGUCGGUGUUGAGCUUGAGCUCGUUCAACGGCUCGAUGCUCUCGGGCUACAUGGUCGGCUUGGUCUUCUUCCAGGUGGCGGUCAUCAUUUGGGAUCGCGUCGCGUACGUCUAUGGCUCGCUGCAUAUCAAGUUGUGUUUGCAUUACUUUGUCGUGCUCUGCGUGCACGUGCUCGUGUGGCUGGUGCUGCCGACAGCGACGACUACGUACCUCCCAUCGUCGCCGUCGCUGAUGGUCUACUAUGGUCUUCAGUGCAUCUACCUCGUGUUGAGCAGCCAGCAAAUCAAGUAUGGCUACGUCGUCUUUCGGGGCAAUCCGCUGAGCAUUCGCCAAGCCGACGCGCUCACCAAGUCGACGUUUGGCAUUUACCUCGCAACACCUUUUGCGUUUGAGAUGCGCGCGCUCCUCGACUACAUUUGCUCGACGACUGCGCUCGACCUUCGCAUGUGGCUGACGCUCGAAGGUAUCGCUGCGCACCUCUUCCAGGUCAAGCUGUCCAUGGACACCCGCGUCGAGCAGUGCGACAUCUUGACGGGCAACCAGCGACAGCCAAUGAAGAGCAAGCUUCAGACGGCUGGCGUGUACUUUGCGGGCAUCCUCGUUUGCCUCGUGGCACCGCUGGCGCUCUUCAGCACGGCCAACCCGACGACAGUGCAAAAUGCCGUCUUGCAGGCGUCGGCCGAGUUUGGUCUUGUCCAGAGCGACGGCACGUUCCAGCAGCUCUACACGAAGUCCAAUACGAACCCGGCGUCCAAGCUUGUGUUCACAUCGGCCAUUGAAACGUACGCUCAGGACAUUGUGUUCGCGUCGUACUCGGACAACCUCUGGAGCAGCUCGCCGCCGCUGCGCCGCAAGCUCAUGGAGAAGCUCAAUUCGACCGACGCCAUCCAGUGGAAACUGACUCUGACGUUCACGCGCCCGGCGCCCCAAGGCCAGCAAGCAGUUAGCCAUACGUGGCUACAGAACGUGACGGCGCCGCAGCGACAGCUCAUGUCGACAAUGAUGAACGUCGAUGUGGCGGCGCAAGCAAGCUACGCUGGCGGCACUUCGGCCGCGCUGCGCAUUCCAAAUAUGUAUCCUUCCGUGCUCAACGUCGCGGCGACGUCUUCACCGCAAGUUCGCGCGCCUUUUCUACUCCGCACGAUUGAGAUCCAGCGGUUCUCGGAGGCGUCGAGUGGGAGCUACUGGUCGCUCGUGUCCCUCGACACGUUUGCGUACGCGAAUGCCUCGUUACCGGUCAGCAACGCGACGGCGAUUUCGUGCCCGGCGAGUGCGGGCUUUUGCUUGAUCACCGUCUCGGACAACAUCGUGCCGGGCUUGAAUUCGAUUGGUAUUGGCUCGUACGGGAUCACGGCCACCUACGUCUUUGUGCUCUUUACUAUCGGCGCGCAUGUCAAGAGCAUCCUUCGGGGCAACGUCUCGGACAUUCUGUACACGGAGCUUCCGAAUCCAGACGACCUCAUGGACCUGGUUGAGGGCAUUUACAUUGCGCGCAAGGAAGAGUAUGUCGGGCACCUCAAGGACGAAGCCCGGCUCUUUGAGACGCUCAUUCGCGUCCUCCGAUCGCCCGAGACGCUCCUCAAGGUCACGGGCCCCAACGUGAUUCACAUUCCCCACGCCAAAGAGAAAGUCGAUUAA